GACGCACGUCGUCCGUUUAGAUCCUUGUAUCAUAGACGGAAUCAAGAAAACGCUGGAAGUGGUGUUCGUCGCAGCAGAACGCCACCAAAACGAAAUGCCACUUAUACCGAAGACCAACGAGAAGGAGAUUUCAUUGUAAAGCGUUAUCGCUACGAUGUUCUUCCUUCCACUUUACCAUGCAAGUCGAGCAGUCGGGACAUGAAUAAUAACAGCUCCUGUAGCAGCGGUCCUGCUGAGUCGAACGCUACGCGUCAUCCUCCACGGAAGAAAAGUCGAUGGGAUUGUGUCGAUGGUGCUGGCACUAGAAAAGACUUCACUUCUCAUCUACGACCUGGGACCAGUGCUACCACUUCGCCAGCGCCUCCGCUGGCCCCCAGCUUUGCUGGUGUGGCCUACCCUCCGCCUCCACCUUACUCAGCUCUACCUCUCGCUGGUUCGGCGUCCUUUCCACCGAGUUAUCCACAUUUGUCAGUGGCCACAUCAAUGCCUAACCUUUCUUUUUGUGGUGAAAUUUGGCUUAAACAGUGUAUAUCUACAGAUGAAAUGGCGACAACCUCGCAACCACCCCUUCUUCCUCCGGAGUCAAGUCGUGGAAAGAGAGAAGGUCGAAGUAGGCCAAGUAAAAAGAAGAAAAAGAAAAAGAGGCGGCAUUCUUCCGAAUCGUCUUCGAGUGGGUCAAGUUCGAAUAGCUCGUUGAAUGUUGGUGAAUAUCUGCGUGUGGAGAAGAAAGAGAUGAGUACAAAGUACAUUUCACGAGAGCGUCAAGGUCUCGAAAAAACCAUUGUUGAGGAGAUCAAAACGGUCACUAAGAAGAAGAAAUAUCGCGUGACUGAGUCAAAACGAAGCGAUGUCAAGAGUUCGGGUUUGCAAAUGAUCAGCAGUGAUGAGUCUGUCGAAAACGCUGAUGGUGCUCAGGUAGAUGAAGAAAAAAACAAGAAGGGUAGUGCAACUGGGAAAGGUGCAGAAAAGGACAAAAAGUUUGAGGUACAUCGUUGGAGCAGCAGUUCAACUGAUUCCGAUGGAGAGCAGUUUCAUAAGAAAGAGAAGAAGACGGAGAGGUUAUCAGCGUCGGCAUCACUUCACGAAUCCACUACGCAACCUCCAACUUCGUUGAUAGUACCGCCACCCCCACCUCCAAGUGUAUUCAUGAGUCCUAGUUUUGUUGGCCCCCAACCACUGCCUCAAGCUGAAGUCUUACCACAACAACCUGGUCCUCCUCCACCAGUCAAUGUGCCAGUCCCUCAUCCUGCUCUACCGGUUACUCUACUGCCGACACAUUUACCUCCUCCUCCGUUCCCUAUUCCUCAUGUGAAUGCUCCUCCUCUCGUUGGUGCUCCUCCUUUCAAUCCUCUUCUUCCUCCACCGCCGCCAGGUUUUCCCCCUCCUCAACCUCACAUCUAUCCAAGGCGAGAGUUUCCGAAGGUGGCUUUGCGCUUUGUGGAAGACUCUCCACCAUGUCCACCUAAGUCAUCUGCACCCUCACAGCAAACUCUAGCCGAUCGAGUUGCAAGUAUUUUUGGCAGUGAUGUACUUCUGGGUUCAUCUAAAAGCACUCAAGGAAAAUCUGCUACACCUCAGCCUGUUGAAUCGACUAGCGCCGCUUGUGAUGACUUGGAUGACAUGGAUGUAGACGUCGGUUCUUCAAUGUCUCCACCUCCUAGACCAUCAACUUCACAGAGUCCAAUGCAACUGAGACUCAAGCGCAGAAAGAGGCAUCGAACCGAGCAGGAUAGGUCAUCUGAUAGGGAUAAGAGACGCUUCAUGAAAAAUGUGGCUAUUGUUCGUGAAGCUACUGAAAAGGUUAUCGGUGAAGAAAUUGUUGACGUAAUCAAAAAAGACUUCUACAAGAGAAUUGAAAGCGCUCAAGAGGCGUUACGUGCACAGGCUCAAAUCGUAACACAGGAGAAACCUAGUGACGUAUCUCAACUAUGUAGCCCUCUAGCAGCAAGUCUUAAUGCCACUCCUGAAAAGCUUGGCAGUUUCCCUUUCACCAUCAACAUGCCAAAAUUACCCAGCUUCAAGAGGGUAAGUCGUUUUGCAGAACCGCUAACAUUAAAGUACAGAAUU